CCUCAUUUUUGUGUUUCUAGUGCGCAUGCGCUACACUCCAACCCCCUCACCACCCCUCCGCUGUGGCGGCGAAGAAGGAGUUUGGGAGUUCAAAAUGGCUGCGGCGACGGUGGUGGAGUUGGGGAUGCGGGGGCGCGGAAUUGAAGAAGCUGAUAUUUCUGAGCGAAGUGCAAAUGAAGAAAAUGGGGAUAUAUCAGAAGGAGACCAACCACAAAUUAAACAUAGCCGGCAUAAAAAAAAGAAACACAAACAUCGAGGCAAACAUAAGAAACAUAAACAUUCUUCAGAAGAAGAUAAGGACAAAAAGCAUAAACAUAGGCACAAACAUAAGAAACAUAAACGAAAGGAGGUUGCUGAUAUCUCGGAUAAGGAAGAUGGGCCAGCAAAAAGAACUAAAAUUGACUUCUUAGCUCCUCUAGAAGAUUUAGAGAAACAAAGAGCAUUAUUAAAAGCUGAGCUUGAAAAUGAGCUAAUGGAAGGAAAGGUUCAAUCUGGGAUGGGAUUAAUAUUGCAAGGAUAUGAGUCAGGUUCGGAAGAAGAGGGAGAAAUCAAUGAUAAGGUGAGAAAUGGAACUAGAUCUGCAACUAAAUCAUCAAAUGUUAAGGGAAAGCUUGAGAUUGUAGACAAUAAAACUAGUUCAAAGAAACGCAGUAAGAGCAGAUCAAAAGAACGGACUCGACAUAGGUCUGAUAAAAAGAAAAGCAAGUCAGGAGUUGAUGGAAUAAAAGAGAAAGCUACUAGAAGUAAAUCAAAAGAAAGAAAAAAAUCUAAAAGCCCAUCCAAAAGAACAAAGUCUCAAGAUCAAAUAGGAAAGUCAAAAUCUCCAACCCUUAAAAGGCGCUCUCAAGAAAAAAAUAGGAAGUCAAGGUCUCCUCCUGAAGAUAAGACUAAAGCAGAAGAUAAGAUCAAAUCAAGAGAUCGUAAAAAAUCUCCAGUAAUUAAUGAAAAUAAAAUUAGGGAUCGUAGCAAAAAAUCCAGAUCUCCAAUAGAACGAAGAAGCAAAUCCAAAGAUAGACAAUCAAGAUCAAAAGAUCGAAAAUCUAGAAGAUCCGAGACUGAAAAAGAAAAGAAGCUUACCAAAUCUCCUUCAAAAGAUGUGUCAUCAGGUAAAGAAAACAGGUCUCCUAGUAAAAGACCUGGUCGUAGCCCUAAAGGACGAAGUUUAUCUCCAAAACCACGAGAUAAGCUAAGACGCAGCAGAUCACCCCUCCUUAAUGAUCGCAGAUCUAAACAGAGUAAAUCACCAUCUCGAAAUCGGUCUCCUGGUAGGAGGGCAAAGAGCAGAUCAGCGGAGAGAAAAAGAAGAGAAUCGGAAAGGAGACGCUUUUCUUCUCCCAGAACGCGAACGAGAGAUGAUAUCCUCUCUAGACGGGAGCGAUCAAAAGAUGCUAGUCCACCUAGAUGGUCUCCUUCCAGAAGAAGAUCCAGGUCUCCCAUUCGACGAAGAUCUCGCUCUCCCCUUCGACGUAGCAGGUCUCCAAGAAGGAGAAGUAGAUCUCCCCGGAGGAGAGAUAGGGGUAGGCGCAGUAGAUCUCGUUUGAGAAGACGAUCCAGAUCACGAGGUGGCCGUAGACGGCGGAGCAGGAGCAAAAUAGAAGAUAAAUUUAAAGGAAGCCUUUCAGAAGGGAUGAAGAUUGAGCAAGAAUCCUCAUCUGAUGAAAACCUUGAAGACUUUGAUGUUGAAGAAGAAGAUGAGGAAGCUCUAAUAGAGCAAAGAAGAUUACAGAGGCAAGCAAUUGUGCAGAAAUAUAAGUACCUAACCGAGGAUAGUAACAUGUCUGUGCCAUCUGAACCAAGCAGCCCUCAAAGCAGCACUCGCAGUCGUUCAAACUCACCAGAUGACAUUCUUGAACGGGUAGCAGCUGAUGUUAAAGAGUAUGAACGAGAAAAUGUGGACACUUUUGAAGCCUCAGUGAAGGCAAAGCACAACCUCAUGGCAGUUGAACAAAAUAAUGGUUCAUCUCAGAAGAAAAUCACAGCUCCUGAUAUGUUUACAGAAUCAGAUGAUAUGUUUGCUGCAUAUUUUGACAGUGCACGUCUUAGAGCUGCUGGCUUUGGAAAAGACUUCAAAGAAAAUCCAAAUCUCAGGGACAACUGGACAGAUGCUGAAGGAUAUUAUCGUGUAAACAUAGGUGAAGUUCUAGAUAAACGUUACAAUGUGUAUGGUUACACUGGCCAAGGAGUUUUCAGUAAUGUGGUUAGAGCCAGAGAUAUGGCAAGAGCAAACCAAGAAGUGGCUGUGAAGAUCAUUAGAAACAAUGAACUUAUGCAAAAAACUGGUUUAAAAGAACUGGAAUUCUUGAAAAAGCUCAAUGAUGCAGACCCUGAUGACAAAUUUCAUUGUCUACGUUUGUUCCGACAUUUCUAUCAUAAGCAGCACCUCUGUCUAGUAUUUGAACCACUCAGUAUGAAUUUACGAGAGGUACUGAAGAAAUAUGGAAAAGAUGUUGGUCUCCAUAUAAAGGCUGUGCGAUCCUACAGUCAGCAGUUAUUCCUGGCAUUGAAACUUCUGAAAAGAUGCAACAUUUUGCAUGCUGAUAUCAAACCAGACAAUAUUUUGGUGAAUGAAUCAAAAACCAUUUUAAAACUUUGUGACUUUGGAUCAGCUUCACAUGUUGCUGACAAUGAUAUCACACCAUAUCUUGUUAGUCGAUUUUACCGUGCUCCUGAGAUUAUUAUAGGCAAAAUCUAUGACUACGGUAUAGAUAUGUGGUCUGUAGGCUGUACAUUGUAUGAACUUUACACAGGAAAAAUAUUAUUUCCUGGGAAAACCAAUAAUCAUAUGUUGAAACUUGCUAUGGACCUCAAAGGAAAGAUGCCAAACAAGAUGAUCCGAAAAGGUGCGUUCAAAGACCAGCACUUCGAUCAAAACCUCAACUUUAUGUACAUAGAGGUAGAUAAAGUAACAGAAAGGGAAAAGGUGACUGUGAUGAGCACCAUUAAUCCAACAAAGGACCUGCUUGCAGAUUUAAUUGGGUGCCAGCGUCUCCCUGAAGAUCAGCGCAAAAAGGUUCACCAAUUGAAGGACUUGUUGGACCAGAUCCUCAUGUUAGACCCAGCUAAACGGAUUAGUAUCAACCAGGCGCUGCAGCAUGCCUUCAUCCAGGAGAAAAUUUAAAUCCAGCGAAGAUGUUCAAAGGGUUUGAAUAGUUAAUAUACAAAGACUGAUGAAGUUUCACUGCAAUUUAUAAAUGUACAUAUAACAUAUAAAUAAUUCCCCUGCAAAAUUGAGGAAGAAUGAUAUAUUUCAAUUAACCCGAAGGUGGAUUAUUUCUUUUAGAAAUGUUAGAGUAAAUCUGUUUGUCUCUUAUGUGAAGAUUUUUUCACUGUAGAAUUGUUUUAAUUGCCAAGACUGCACAGGAGUACAGUGCUAAAAUAUAUGGUUGCAGUUCCUCUAUAUGAUACAUACACACAUAUGCACACACGGACUGUAUAUAAAAAAAAAAUGUUAGGAAAUUUCAGUAAGACUGGGUGGUUAAUUUUGGUUUUUAGCAAAUUUGGCUUCAUUUUUGUCUCUGAAAAAUGGCCAGCAUAAAUGCUGUUUAUAUUACAUUUUCCUAGGUGUGUGCGUGCAGGCCACAGCAGCAUGCCCUUGGUGUAGUCAGUGCCGAAGGGGGUCUGUUCCUACUUGAGCCUGCCCACAGGGAUGGUCUCCUCUUUUAAAGCAGGUUGCGUACAACUUUCAGUACACUGAAGGUAAGCUAAACCAUCAACAUCACUGGUGUUUAAGAUGUUAAUUGUACUGGAUCAACUGACCAAUGAGAGUCAGUCGCUUUGUAGCAGAAUUCCCUGCAUGUUUUAUAAAGGAUAUUUUUUUUGUUUUGUUUUCUGGCAUUACAACUGUGGCAUAAUUCCAGCUUCUGUUUGAUCAUCACAUUCAAAGAAAAAAAAAUGGAGGAGUGUGCACUUGAUGGAGAGAGCGCCUUCAGUGUACUGUUUAUAUUACUUUUUAAAAAAAUAUCAACUUGCUACAUAGACUUUAUACCUUUUGUUAAAUACAGUUCACGAUGGCAUAAAACCAGUACUUAAGUCAUUUUCAUUUACUAACAACAAAUGCUGAGCUCUGAUUCCAAAAGUCCUUAUCUCCUCUUGGCCAGAUAGAAAGCACCGUAAUUAAAUUUUUAGCUAUUUGUAUGUCAUUUGAAAAUGUACUGCUUUAUGCUAAAGGUGUUUUCAUUUGUUCAUUGUUUUCAUUAUUUGUGAUCAUGUUGUCUUUCAAUACAGGCAUAAACCUUCCACUCUUGAACAAAGCAGCUGCUUUUUAAAAGCGGUAAUUGCUUCUUUACCUUUUAUUUCUUUUGUAAAUGAAACUUUCUUUAAGAAAUGUGACUUUAAAGUGUUGUCUCUUGCAUAAAAUAGUUGACAUUCACUUAUUGUAAAGUGAAGAUUGUUCUGCUGCAUGUAAAGUGGACCAUGCAGAUUUCUGUAUGUUUUCGGUAUGCAUCAUUAGAUAAUAAAGUCUUUUGUGAACAAGGCAUUGGUAGCCCUUUUUAAAAGAUUUUUGUCUCCAUUGUUGCCGACUCAGGUAAACCAUAAGAAGAAAUCUUUCAUUUUUGAUAAGUCCUUUGAUUAAAACAAUUACUAAAAGAUGUGAUCCCUUGAAAGAACUUUUAGAUUAGUAUUUAUUGGCAAUUCAGUGUAAAUACUGUCCCCAGCCCCUUGCAGAUACUAUCUGCUUUCAUUGUUAGGAAAUUUAUUCCUGUAGGUUAUUGAAUUAGAUGCAGGUUUUAACUAAUGCUUGUGCUGUUUUUCUUACUUUUCCUUUUUGAUGGUGCUGAGAGAGACAAAGGAAGGCAAGUCACAGGCCAUUCAACGCCUACUCCAGGGGGUCUGGUUUGCUGAGACACCAUCUUCACCUUCCUAACAAGGUGCCGUUCAGAUGAAGAUGAUGGCAACCAGAAGACAUGAACAAAGGGUAAGUGGAAAAUCUCUGACAGAAAUUUACAUGACUUGAUGUGAGCUCAAGAAGCUGAACCAGUCUGUGAAAAUUCAAAAUGAUAAAUGUCUUUGCCACUGAAAUUGACAAGCUGUAAUACAGAGCUGUGAAUCAGUGUGAAACAGAAAUGUCCUUUAAUAAAGUUUCAUUUUUUAUUUUUAA